GUUAAAAGGGGAAAGCAGCAAGAUAAUGUGAGGCAAAAGAGAUCCCUGCUGGUAAAUGCAGGUCUUGCACUAGCUCCUGAUUCAUUUCAGAUAGUGCUUGACAGUGAAAAUGAAACUAAAGUUUCCUCAGGUGAAAGUAGGAGUCAAAUAAGCUACCUCUGUGCUAAAGCACAACAUCAUAUUAAAAGUGUGCAGAAAGUUGAUGAACAUUUGAAACAUCUGAGAAGUGGAAACAACAGAGAGAGAAUUAGACUUUGGGCAGAUUUGGCUAAAGUUGCACGUAAGCAAGAAGUGUGGGAUGUCUGCCGUGCAGCAUGCAGGUUCUGUCUCUUGUACGAUGAUAAUUUGUUUAGGAAGGCAGCUAAGCCUAGAGAAGCACAGAAGAAGAAAGCUACUACAGCUGUGAUGGAUGAUGGUCACGGUGACAGCUUACCAGGAGAAUCAUUACUAACCGCUAAAGCCUUCUCUUUUGAAAGGGAUUUACUCAGAAUAUUAGCAGAAAUAAGGUUCAUUAAUGCAGAGGCAACUGUUCAUUUAUUAAGAUUGCAGGGAAUUGAACUGAACAAUCAUGCUGUACCUCCAGAAGAUACAAGUCAGUGUCGUCCAGGAUAUGUUUCACGUCUUUCGGAAAGUGAUCUAGAAUGGAAAACAUACAGUUUAUGGGUAGACUGCUUAUCUCAGUAUGCUAUGGAAAACUUCCAACGUGCAGCCAAAAUAGGAGAAGAAUUGAAUGAAGCUUGGAUUGUUCACAAUGCUGUGGUGUAUAUCUUAAACUACAAUAGACAUCUUAUCUCUUCAGGAAGACAGAGGGAAAUUAUUGAGUACCUGCAGACUCUUCUUGGAGCUAUCAAGACUGUUGGGCACAAUGGAAGUGCUGUGAUUUUAUUGAUGUUAUGUAAUGCUUUGGCUCGGGGAUUAAUUCUUUGUUGGAUUCCGAAUCCAAAACCUGCUGAGGCAAUAAAAAAAGAUGCAAUUGACAAAAGCAGAAGAGCUUCAGUAAAGAAACAUGAAAAAGCAAAUGUCAUCCAGUCUUCUUUAGUAGAUCCCAGUGGACUUCCUGAUAUCAAAGCUGCCUUAGAGAUUUGUGAAUUUGCCCUAAAUGUGGUAACCGGAAUCAUACCUAAUGAAACGGUACCUAUUGCUGCACAACAACAGAUCAUUGCUACGUGGGUGAAAGCCAAACAGUUAAAUCAGCAGCAGAUCGGACAUAAACUUGGGACAGAGGAGGAGAAUAACGAUGAAGCACAAAAUCCUGUGACAAGAAUUCUUGUUGGUCUAGAAAUGUAUUCAUGUAAUGGCUUGGGUCUCAUGGAUUUCACUGUUCCUAGCUUACCUCAGUUGGUGAAAUUGGCCUUGGAAUGCAGUUGGUCAGAUUCCUUGGUGGAACUGCAGACACUGGCACGACUUACGUAUUUUGCAUAUGUAUCACAUGACUAUGAAACAGUGAUGACUUGUUCCAAAAGGAUCUUGCAAUCAGAUGAGAAUUUUUUCCAUGAUAGAGAUGCUAAGAAACAUGAAAU